AUGAAGCCCUUGUUAUCACGAUUUUUGCGUAGUGGAGCAGGGUUGCAACGGCAUCCUCCGACUGGCGAUGCCGAGAGGGGUGGCAUUAGUGGGGCAUCGGCAGUCAUCGGCCGUGGCAUCGCAGAUGAACUCUGCACUUUGUAUGGGCUGAAAUUGACAAAAAGCAAUGUGAUGUUCGUAGAGAGAAGUCGGAAACAAUCGGGAACCCGCGUGAAGCGCAAGGGAUUCGAAAUCGACUUCGUCCAGUUCGCUUGGCUCUUGGGUCUUUCUUUGCUGGAUCCACCAUUGGCUGUCAUUACGCAGUAUUGA